GGAAGCUAGAAUGUACAUCAUAGCAACCAGGGAAUGGAGGACGUGAGCAUUGCAACUGGAGCUGUCAAGAAGAAUACUUCAACUAGCAUUUAACUGAUUUCAAGAAUUAAAUAUCGUUUUAAGAAACUCAACAUUUCUAAUCAAUUAAUUAGUUAUUUACCACAUAAUUGGCGACGAGCGGACCCUGAAGCGAACCUGAACGCAGUUUUUGGAAGUUGUGAGGUAUAACCAAUGGAAGAUCAACUCUUAAAACUGCCACCCUUCGAAUGCGAAACCAUUCCUCUGUCUGAAAUCAGGCAGAAGUGGCACGACUACAAAAAGCAGUUUGAGUAUGUGGCCAGCGCUAUUGGAAAGAAGAAGAAAAAGAAACUGAAGAGCAUUUUCCUGGCGGUUGGCGGCCGACAGCUUCAAAAAGUGUACGAGAGCCUACCCGCAAACGAAAACCAGAUCGAUGAUGACUUCGAAUCAACCAUCAAAAGGCUGGACGAAUAUUUCGCACCCAAACGACACGAUACCUUCGAGAGGUACUCUUUUUGGUCGCUGAUUCCUCUGCAGGACGAAACCCUCGAUAAAUUUCUCCUUCGCGCCAAGACUUAUGCCUCAAAGUGUCGAUUCGGCUCAACAGAUCAAGAGAGCCAGGAUGCCGCAGUAAUCGAUAAAAUCGUAAUGCUAGCUCCCCCCGAUCUACGCAGGAAAAUUCUAGAAAAAUCAACAAUCGAUCUGGACAGUCUGACCAAGCUUGUAAAUUCACACCUGUCGGUUCAACAGCAAGUACGCGAGUUGGGACAAUGUGCUAAUCCGUCAAGAAGCGUAACGGUUCCUCAUCGUAAUAGUGACUCGCCUGUCUGCGGUAUCAUGAACAAGCCAGAGCAUCGUUGGCCGAAUAAGCCUUCAAACCGACCGGAGUAUCGCGAAGCUAACGAAACACAUUACUUUCAAGAAAAUCGUUUCCAGAGACAGAGGGAGUGUUCCAAAUGUGGAGGCAAACAACACCGAUUCAACGAAGACUGUCCCGCAAAAACUCUUCAGUGUCGAAAUUGCAGAGUUUAUGGUCAUUUCGCAAGAAUGUGCCAAAAACCCCCCUACAAGCGAAAAUUUGAGUCAAGUAACACACAACGAGGUUCGAUUCCUGCGAAGAAGUUCAAAGUCAAUGCAGUGGAAGAAAAUCAAUCAUCAGCAGUUGAGCAGCCAGAAGCAAGAAGCGAUUCGUUUAUAUUCGCGAUAAGCGACAACCACGAUGAGCUUGUAUGGUGCAAGGUCGGAGACGUAAUAAUCGAAAUGAUGAUUGAUUCUGGAUCGAAAUACAACAUUAUCGGUGAAUCAACAUGGACGUAUCUGCAGAACAAAGGAGCGAACUGUGAGGACAUUAAGCAGUCAGACAAGAGCCUGUCAGCCUACGCCCAGAAUAGAGAAUUGAAAAUCCUGUGUACCUUUUCUGCUCGGAUAAUGGUUAUCGAUUCUGGAAGUAGCACGAAUAUUACCGCUUGUUUCUACGUAGUGAAAGGCGGUGAGCAAAAUCUUCUGGGACGCGAAACAGCGAAGCAACUUGGUGUACUUUUGAUCGGGCUUCCCAGUGUCAUCAACUCAGGUGCAGUUCAACAAGUGUCCGAAUGCGCAGAGAAGUUUCCUAAGAUUAAAGGCGUAAAGGUACGAAUUGAUAUUGAUGAACAAGUAACACCAAUUGCCCAGCAUGUGCGCCGUGUGCCUAUCGCCCUUCGUCAGCAAGUAGAAGAGCAAUUACAAAAGUUGCUAAAACUAGGAGUAAUUGAGAAAGUCACAGAACCGAGCUCGUGGGUAUCCCCUAUGGUAGUCGUGAUAAAAGAUAACGGGGACGUGCGUUUGUGUGUCGAUAUGCGAAGGGCUAAUAUGGCGAUAAAAAGAGAAUACCACAUGAUUCCGACACUCGAUGAUAUACUGGCAAGAUUCAACGGUUGCAAAUGGUUCUCAAAACUGGAUAUUAAAGAUGCGUAUCACCAGGUCGAACUCCACGAAUCAAGUCGCUACAUCACCACAUUCAUCACGCAUAUGGGGAUAGGCAAUCCAACAAUUCAGAACGCCCAAAAAUGUCGAAGAAAUCAGGAGUUUUCUCGGUCUAGUCGGCUAUGUCGGUCGCUUCAUUCCGGAUCUAGCCACCAGAACAUUCGAGCUAAGGCAAUUGAUGAUUGGCGGUGA